AUGUUCGCAUUAGCUUCCUGUAGAUCGUGCGCAGCAAGAAAACAACACCAAUAUUCUCGAUGCUCACUCAGGCUUCUAUGGCGCCCAAGCUGCUACUACAGCACAGUCGGGGCUGCCUUUAGAUCAUCAAAACUCAAUUAUAAAUUGCUUCUAAAAAUACCAGGAAAGACUUUCAACAGUUCGCGCCAAUUCAACUCGAAAAAAUCUGGCGAAUUGAAUAACCGACAUUUUUCAUCCAAAUCAGUCGACAAACUUAUAGGGCCUCAAGAAACUUCAAAUAAUAAGGCUAGAAAGACAAGAUCAAGAGUUCGAAAGAGAGGCGAGAGUAGAGCUAUCCCACCCUUAACAGACAACUCGCGAAAGGAAACGUCAAAAACCCAAGAUGAAAAUGAUGAGGAACUUGGGUGCAGGAAGGCUUUCCGAAAAGGUGAUGUCCGUGAUGAAUCAACACCGGAUGCCAAAGUUCUCGAUGAUGCCAACAUGAAGACUAAGUCCCAUGUAAUCACAGACAAUGUCAGGAAAGUGAAAAAACGCCAGUCAUCUAGACGACAGACAAAAAUACCUAACAAGAAACUUUCUUGUGAAGUAGAGAAAGAAGACAAAGGCUCCUCAAUCAAAGAAAGCAGAUCUUCAGCACCGGCUAAGCUACGUCCGUCUUCACAAGAACUAUGGAGCCCAUUUAUAAGCGCAGUAGAAAACCUGCCAGUGCCUGAUGAGACGAAGGAGACUGUGCUCAAAGUAUUAAAAACAGUUAACCGGUCUUCUCGUACACCACAAUUUAACGAUUUAAUCCCUUUCACAGGGAUUGUGGGUACUAGAGUAUCGUUUACAAAAGAACACGAUAAAAUUCAGACUAUGGAGGCAUCGGAAUUUUUGCUUCAGCCAGUCGAUGAAGAAAAAAUUCAUGUACCAACACUUUCUUAUGGUCUGGAUCGAGUUUUAUUCAAUCAAGGCGUAUAUCAACUUCAGGAUCCUAGAACAAGGGUCUUCAAUUUUGAUCCGUAUUUACAAGAGAUUAUGCCUGUUAAUCAGUUUGAUUUCGGCGCCCUAUCACCAUACAUAACUUCAUCUCAUGAUAAAAUUCUUCUCGCAAAAGCUGCCAGGGAGAAAAAGAAAUACAUAGGCUCUACUUCAAGUAUGUCAGCUGUACUUAGUCAUUUUCAUUUCCUUCUUUCGGACUGGCGACCUAUUGAAUAUAAACAACUUUCUGGCACCUUGCCAGUAAAGCUUAAGACUAGUAAUUUUACCUCAUUUACCCGCGCGCCAGCAUCAAUUUUCUUGCGGUAUAGGAACGGAACCUACGCCAUUGAUGCUGACAAGGAAUUUGAUAAAAGUAACAUCCUAGCAAUGCUAGGUAAGUCUAUGGAGAAACUACUCACACUCCCAACCGAGCAUUUUGAAAAGUAUCGGCGUCAGAACUCCGAUCAAUUAACCGAGAAAGAACGAAAUGAAAAAGAAUCAUAUCACUACACAACAUUUGGAGAUUUCCUCCUACGAUCUCAAUUGGAUGCUUACGACUCGCGCUUGCCAGGCACUGGUAUGUUUGACUUAAAGACCAGAUGCGUUGUUUCGGUAAGAAUGGAUGUCUCCGAAUAUGAAAAUAGUAAGGGAUAUGAAAUUCGAAAGAGUAAAGGUGAAUGGGAAUCAUUUGAGAGGGAGUAUUAUGAUAUGAUACGAGCAGCUUUUCUAAAAUAUUCCAUGCAGGUUAGAAUGGGACGGAUGGACGGAAUUUUUGUUGCCUUUCACAAUACGGCCCGAAUAUUUGGGUUUCAGUAUAUAAGUCUUGGGGAAAUGGACUAUGCCAUCCAUGGAACCGAGGAUACUACCACAGGGGAUAGCGAAUUUAAACUUAGUUUGAAUUUGCUAAACAAAAUUCUUGAUCGUGCUACCCAAAAAUUCCCAUAUAAAACGCUACGUAUUUUCUUUGAGACACCGGAAAAAACUUUGACUAAGGGGACACACAUGACAAUAAUAGUGGAGCCUAUGGAAGAUGAACAAGCAGAAAUGAUUCAGACCAAGGCUAAAGAAAAUAUUGAAGCUUUCGAAAAAAGAGUUCUAGGAAUUGGAAACCUUGGGGAAGAGGAUGAGUAUGAUGUGAAACGACCGGAACUAGAGGCGUCAAACCUGGAAAGAUACCACAAGCAGCGAAAUACGCUUGAGGAUAUUAUAGAAGGAGACAUUAUUGACGAAGAUGUCUCCUAUGAGGAAGACGGUGAAGUAGAAGAGAUAAAAAGUGAUAUUCCAGGCCCCACAGUUCAGUAUGAAACCAAGGUCCAAAAUGAGGCUUCUGAGAUGGCCCCCCAGGAAGUAAACGUCGGAAACAAGUCUUUGAAUGAUAAAAUCAUGCGUAGCGACAAGAUUGAAGACGCAGUUAAUAGCAGGUUAGAUGGUCACAAAACACAGCGCGAGUCAGAAGCUAUGGAUAGCUCACCAAACGGCCCAUUCUUAGUCAUGCAACUACAAAUCCAGAAUAAAGUCAACGGAAAUUAUGUGGGACGACCUGAGAACUUGACGAAAAAAGAUCGAUGGUCAAUUAAUUAUCAGUUAGGCCACUAUCCCAACGGCGACCUUGCGAAUCAGAAAUAUCGUGAGGUAAACAAGCGCCGCAUAAAAAUACACGAGCGCGGUCUAGAUAUGAACCCUGAUGUGCCGGCCAACAGCUCAUUAGUGAGAGAGCUUAGGAAGUAUAUCCAAAAAGGUAGAGAAUUUAGAAGAAUCGAAGAUGCAAUCCAAGCGAAGCUUCCCAAGAAAGUAUUAGAUGUUGCAAGGUUAUGGAACUUGAAAGAUAAUGAUAGGGUAUAG